AUGCAGUUGACAACUCUCCUGUUGGCAUCUAUUGCCUCCCUGGCAGCUGCUCAGACGGCCACCUCCUCCGCGGCCACAAGCACCUCGACCUCGAGUUGCGCUGCCCAGAACAUCCUCGAUGCCUGCCUCGCCACGAUCCAAGGACAGGUGAACUCGUGCGAGAGCACCGACUACGACUGCCUGUGCACGCAGUACGGCAACCUGCUGACCUGCUACAACAACUGCCCCAACGACGCGGGCGUCACGUCCGUCCAGCAGGAGCGCGAACAAUACUGUGCCGCCGCGUCGGCCUACCCGUCCACCUCCACCUCUGCCCUCGCCGCCAGCUCCACCAGCUCGUCCAGCGCAGCCGCCGCAACCACGACGGACUCUGCCUCCUCAACCGGCGCCUUCUCAUUUGGGUCUGCAAGCUCCUCCGCCAGCAGCGCCAGCGCCAGCGCGACCGGCGGGUCUUCGUCUGGCAACGCUGCUCCGACCUUGGAGAUGGGCCGUGGCCUCGUUGCUCUUGCCAUCGCCGGGUUGGGUCUUGUCUUGUAA